AUGGACCACAUCCGCGACCACACUUAUGGAAUGCGCAUUGGACAUGCUUUCAACAAUGAAGCUGUCUUGACUGGAGACAUGUUGGACCAGGCCUAUCAGGAGGGGAGGCGCAUUGCACUUGCUCUGAGGCAUGAAAUUGAUUAUGCUGAAGACGUGGACGAGCACUUACUGGACGAGGCCUACCAGGAGGGGAGGGUCAUAGCACUCCAUGUGAAGCACGAUGCUGUCCCAACUGAAGCCAGGCCAAUCAACGCCAAGGAUGGGACUAACAGUGUUGUCAAGCUGUUGUUGAGCGUCGUCAUUUUCACAUGCCCUGGUACGGAGGACUCCCAGGCCACGACUACUGCAGGGAAUUCCCAGCCAAGAGUGUUUGCUCAAGAAGAAUUUGACCGAAACAUGGAGAGGCUGUCAAUGACUUCUGGGUCAUUCCAUACUGAUGUGCCUGCUGUGCCUCUGCAAAGCUCCUCGUCUUGGUCCUUGCGUCAGCUGACAGCCCAAGAACAGUGGAAGGAAGCUCGGCCAGACCACCUGCAAUAUCUACUGGCAACUGAGGCUGUUGGCCAGGAGUUGUGCUCUAUCUGCCAUCAGGCUGCUGUUAUAAGGUGCAGAGACUGCCUUCCCGAGGAGUGGUUGUGUGAGGCCUGUGAUGUGUUGCACCAUAAAAGAUGGCCACUCCACAACAGAGACAGCGUGGUGGAUGGCUUCCUCAAGGCCAUCCCACCAUCCACAUGCUAUACUAAAGGGGAAACUGGACACUACAUCUCACACAAGCAAGCUUCCAUUUUACCCACAGUGCGCGCACCACAGCUAUGCUCAUGUGAAGUUGCUGACGUCACUAUGUCUCCAGGCAGAGAAGUCAUCCUUAUCACCAUAAACGAUCUAAUCAAGAGUGGUUACUGGCCAGCCUCUUCACAUUCCCAGACCCUGUACACUAUUGACCUCUUCCACUCAUUCCAAGACCUGAAGUCAGGGCAAAUCAAUGGGGAUGCACUUCAGCGGAGCUUCCUGGAGUUCAGCUAUUGCUCGUUUGAGGAGGACCAGCUCUGCUGUGCGACCCCGUUCACCUGCCCCGCCUGUACCCCAGAAAUGGUGGCUGUAGCAGCUGAUGGAAACCGGAAGCUUUACCGCUUUAAACGAUCCAGCGGCUUCGAAAACACUGCAUUUUUUGAAGGGCUGUUUCUUGCCAAGGACAGUAAGGUGUCAGCUUUUGUUGACACCAUUAGGACUGCAGUGAAAAGCACGCAAGGCAAAGCAACAUGCGGUGCUUCGCAGUGGGCAGCAGCCAGGGAAACCUCACGGAGGGCCAGUAAACUCGAUGAGGAGGGCGUUGAGGUAGCCGUGUGUCGCCAUGGCUACCUCUUGAAAGGCCUAAAUAUGUACCGGGGUGAAAUGUUUGCCUACCCUCUGUAUCUCCAGAGAGAAAUUCAGGCCACAGCAAAUGUCAAAUUCUUUGCCAUGGAUGUCACCUGCAAGUACUGGCCAUACCUCCAAAAGGUAGUGGCUGCCCUUCCACCACUCCAGGGGCUCUUGCAGAUGAGGCCAUUCCUCAGCAUCAUGCAUGCCAGGGCUCAUGCCACAAAGUGUGAGCUUAAAUGGAGUGGCAGGAAUCAGGAGGGAGCGGGCACAACGGCUGGUGAAGAGGUUGAGCAGGUGAACAGCUACCUCUCCCGUUGUGCUCUGACAACAAAAUAUAUGUCUAAAGCAGCCCGUGUGGACAUGCUGACUGUCCAUGCAAUGGAAUGGAACAGGCACAAGGGAGACAAUCUCCACAAGGCCCUCUCCACAAGAUAUGUGAAGACUUGUCAAAGAGCUGUGGAGGAGACAGCAAGACUUCUAGAGCUCAGAGAAGAGGUCCAUUGCUCAGAGGAGAUGGCACUGCAGUGGGUUAUGGAUGUUCAGGAAUGGGCUGGGGAGACAACAGAUGCCGCCAGUGAUCAACGAUCCCUGCAACAACAGUCCAUUGAGGGGCUUCAUCUGAGCCUUCACCACAGAAAACAGAGCCUCUACCGUCAAAAUGACAGCAACAAGCUUCGUCACCGCCUGCGCAAAAAUUUGGCGAAAGACAAGCGGCGUCUCUUCGAACAGAUUGCCGAAUACAACAGGCUGGUGUCAGAGAUGCAGAUCAAUGUGGCAGUGGUCGAGAGGUCGCUGGCUGGACACACUGUGUCACACAUAUGGCCAUGGGAGGUGUACAGCAGUGGAUCAUCAGUGAACAUCAGCACCAAGAGACGAGUGCAUGACCAGCAGAUGCUGACCACACGCCUGCAAGAGGAGAGGAGCAUCCUGGUUUUGGAGAUGGCCCAACACUGCACUUCGUUGCGAAACCUGGCCUCGGCUCUCAGGACCAAAAUUAUAAGUGAGGGUCUAGCUGUUGUGGGCAGAGGUAUGAUUGUGUAG